CCCGCCGCCCUCCAGCCGCACCAGCCCUUCCAGAUCAUCGUCCGCUACACCACAGCCGACGGCCCCGCUAUCUGGUGGCUGGAUCCAGAGCUGACAUACGGCAACGCCAAGCCCUUUGUCUUCACACAGGGCCACUCUGUCUGUAACCGCUCCUUCUUCCCCUGCUUUGACACACCGGCGGUGAAAUGCACCUAUUCGGCUACUGUCAAGGCUCCAGCAGGCGUACAGGUGUUGAUGAGUGCUACUCAAAGCACCUACUUAGAAGAGGAAGGUGUAUACCAAUUUUACAUGGAAUAUCCAGUUCCUGCCUAUCUAGUGGCCCUCGUGGCAGGAGAUCUUAUACAUGCAGACAUAGGUCCACGGAGCAGAGUGUGGGCAGAGCCUUGCCUACUGCCAACUGCCAUCAGCAAGCUUUCUGGCAUGGUUGAGCGCUGGUUGACUGCUGCAGAGAGUCUAUAUGGCCCAUAUAUAUGGGGAAGAUAUGACAUUGUUUUCCUUCCUCCAUCCUUCCCUAUUGUUGCCAUGGAGAACCCAUGCCUGACCUUCAUCAUCUCUUCCAUUCUGGAGAGUGAUGAGUUUUUGAUCAUUGACGUCAUUCAUGAAGUUGCCCACAGCUGGUUUGGAAAUGCAGUCACCAAUGCCACCUGGGAGGAGAUGUGGCUGAGCGAGGGACUCGCCACCUACGCACAGCGCCGGAUCACCACUGAGACCUAUGGAGCUGCCUUCACAUGUUUGGAAACUGCAUUCCGCCUUGAUGCUCUCCACAGACAGAUGAAACUUCUUGGAGAAGACAACCCAGUCAGCAAGCUUCAGGUUAAACUGGAGCCAGGUGUAAAUCCUAGUAAUUUAAUGAACCUCUUCACCUAUGAGAAAGGCUACUGUUUUGUUUACUACCUGUCCCAGCUCUGUGGUGACCCAAGACACUUUGACUCCUUCUUAAGAGCCUAUAUUGAGAAGUACAAAUUUACUAGCGUUGUGGCUCAAGAUCUUCUGGAUUCCUUCCUGAAUUUUUUUCCAGAGCUAAAAGAGCAAUGUGUUGAGAGCAAAGCAGGACUGGAGUUUGAACGUUGGCUUAAUGCUACAGGACCUCCAUUAGCUGAGCCAGACUUAUCUCAGGGAUCCAGUCUGACCAGACCAGUGGAGACUCUCUUCAAACUCUGGACCACAGAGCCUCUGGACUCUGCUGCUGCUGCCAGCAGUGUUGACCUCACUAAAUGGAAAACGUUCCAAACCGUGCUUUUCUUGGACAGAUUGCUAGAUGGGUCACCACUGCCACAUGAGGUGAUAAAAAAGCUUUCAGAAUGUUACUCCUCUCAGCUGGACUCCAUGAAUGCAGAAAUCCGUAUCCGCUGGUUGCAGAUUGUAGUCCGAAAUGACUAUUAUCCAGACCUUUACAAAGUUCGUCGCUUCUUGGAAAACCAGAUGUCUCGGAUGUACACAAUUCCACUUUAUGAGGACCUUUGCACUGGCACCCUCAAGUCUUUUGCCUUAGAAAUUUUUUACCAGACCCAAAAACAGCUGCACCCCAAUUUACGGAAAACCAUCCAGCAGAUCUUAUCACAAGGCUUGAAUCCACUUCCCGCCAUAGACACUACAGCAGUCACUGCGGACACACCAGCAAUGGUGCUUGAGGACAAAGUCUCAGAGGCCACAAACGGUGCCAUUUCACUCAGGGAUGUUAAUGUGUCUGCUUAGAUCACCAGCUUAUGCCAACCAUGAAGCUUGAAAAUAGGGACAGGAAGAGAGGAAAGAUACCAAGUGUCGUCUCCUUUCCCUCAGCCCUGUAACUGCAGUGUGUUGUAACUGGAUUUCUGUCCCAAAACACAAAGCAAAUGUGCCUUCAAGUAUCCAGCUUGUGACACUGCCAGGUUUUAGAGAUCUCCAUCUGUGGGAUGGAUAUUUUGAUUCAUUUUAUACUGGGCAGGGACUCCAGGGCGGUUGCUUCUCCAUGGAAAGUGGGUAGUUCCCUUUCCUGAGGCUCUUCUGGAUGGUUUCUCCAAGUUGUUUGGUUGGUGGUUUGUUUGGUUUUAAUUUUUUUUCUUUUUUUUGGUCUGAGGCAUGUCUUACUUGCUGCAUGUAUGUUGCUGAGGAGUGUAUAUGUGUCAAGCUGCCAUUAUCCUGGUAUUUGGGCUGAAGUUCUGCAAAAGAGAGACUCAGGAAUUGUCAGUGGCAGCAAACACAUUUUCAUGUUAAUGCUCCUUACUGUGACAGAGGUAUUGUGAUUUGGGAGGUAGGGGACUAAUGCUUAAAUAAUUAAGAAACUAAUUUUAAAUAGCUCCUGUUCCCCCUUACUCCCAGGUAGCUAAAUAAUAAUAAUGCUUUUUAUAUAUAUAAAUAUAUAUAUAAAAAAGAACAGGGAAACCUUAUGAUGGAUUUUAAAUCCUUCUGUAGUUAACCCUACCCUCAGUUUUCCCUUUGCACUCAAUGGGACAAGCAAUAAAGAAAUGUGUAGGCUCGAAUUUUCAAAAAAGUUAAAUUUAGGUGCCCAAAUGCCAUCAAUUCUGGCACUAGCUGGUCACCUAAAUCUUCUUAACUGUUUUGACAAGUCUAGCUGCAACCUUUGUUAGUGUGUUAGGAUGCGUAGCAUGUGUGUUUGUUAGAUGCACUGUGUGUCUUCUAGUCUGUCCUUUUGGAAGAAUUAACAGGACCUUUAAUUUAAUUUUUUUAAACACCCCUAGCAUAUGUUGGGCCUGUAAGUCAGCCGUGGAGAUAUCCAUGCUAAAAUUUUACUGCCUUGAAUAACUUUUGCUUGAAUAACAGUUGCCAUGUCAUAUGAUAGUCUGAGGGAAGCACCCUCUUGACAUGAAACUUUUAAGCCCCACUUUACCUGAGUCUGUUUUCUGACUUACUCUGGUGGUAAGAUGCCAUUUCAUUUACACAGCACACUGUUUCUCUUGAUCACUGGCCAGGCGUGCAAGAUGGGGAGACGUUCUCUUCCAUUUGUGCCAUUUGGUCUCAGGAAGCCGAGGGCAAAGCAUUAUUUGGUAUUCCAGAGUACAGUGAUGGUCUUGGACUCUGUGCUGCAUUCUGUUUUACGUGUGGGCACCUGCGUGCCUGUCGGUGAGCUCCCACCAAGCUUCUCUGAUUUAUCACCAGGAUAGAGGACUACUUUGAAUAAAAGGUGAAACACUUGGAAGAGGCUUAGCUAAAGGAGAUGUGGAAGAGAAACUGUUACAUACUUUGGGGCAAAUUUUAGCCCUGCUGUGGAGAUCUACAUGGCACAGGAAGAGGGGAAAUUUUGAAGAUUUUUUUUUCCUUUCACCAAAAGUAUCUGUUUACACCCAAGUGUGGUUGGGGACUUAGGUGCUGUUACUGGAUCUGCGUUUUCAGGCUUUAAAUUAAUUCAGACUUCACCAUAGCCUUAGCCUGGGCUGAACUGGGAUAAAGCAAUAAUGAACUCAGGCCUCUGUAGUGCUUCAUUAGUUUUCAAAAUGGGCCAUCAGCAUUGCUGGGCUUCAGAAGUCCAAGCUUUUCUCUUUGCUCCUUGAACGGGAUUAUCUUUUCAUUCUGUUUCAUUUUCCCAGAAAGGAUGGAGAAUGAUGUUUUCUGUACAGAUCUCUUUCCUUUUCACUUGUUCUACUGAAAGAGAUUUAUGCAAGCUGACUUUCCACCCACCGAGUUGCAGCUGUCAGUGCUGCGUCUCCUGGACCUCACUGCUGGCAGCGCAACCUGGCCAAGACCAGUGACCAUGAGCAUCUUUUGGAAUCCCAGGCCUCUGUUUUAACAAGUUUUAUUUUGUGGGAGAAUGUAUGUGACCCUGGUGGGAUUUUUAAUUUACAUGGAUGCCUUAUGAUGAUUGUCAAAUUAAACUAAGCUUUGUGACAAGUUUA